ACGUUAAAAAUCUUGUUUCCGGUUCCGGGCCAACACUGUCUUUCACAAACAGACAAGAUGUUGAGCCGACUCCCUCGGUUCGGUCGAACUUUUCCUCGGUUAUUGUCUAAUCCACCCGCACGGUUCGUCUCCCAGUCAAAACCGACCGGUGUCGCUGGUUCGACCGCUGUGACGGAGCUGCACCCCGGAGCGGAGCAGACUGGACACGGCGAGGUCAGCCGGUACGUCAAGAAUCCAGAUUACCAUGGCUUCUCCAGUGACCCUGAGGUGGAUGUGUGGAAUAUGAGGGUGGGCUUCUUCUUUGGCAUCUCAGUGGCUCUUGUCAUUGGAGGAACAUUCAUCCACUAUUUACCAGACCAUGGAAUGCGGCAGUGGGCCCGAAGAGAGGCAGAGCGUGUGAUCCAGCAGAGAGAAAUGGAGAAUCUUCCUCUCAUAGAUGAAAACUACUAUGACCCAAACAAGAUAGUUCUGGCCACAGCUGAAGAUGUGUAGGAUGUCCAACAUUUACUUGCUAUAUUUCUUGGUAAUUGUAUUUAACCGUGAUAGAAUAAAUGAUUCCAUCUGAUUAUUACAUGUGGACAAUGACUUGUUGAAACAACAGUUUCAUUGAGUUUGAAAUCUGCAGUGAUUAAACACUUUUGACUCCA